GAAACAGAGCAGCAGCAGUAGAAGUGAAAGCUGGGUCACACCGGCGGCAGCACUGAAAUUCACCCUCUAUAACUCAAUCAUCUCUGGGAUAUAUUUAUCUUACAUUUACGGUCUAGAGUCGACGGAAGUGUGGUGGAGCCGCAGAGCGGACUCCCCUCACCCAGUCCACGAGACCCCCUCCUCAGUCCUGACUCACACAUGGAUGUUCAGGGGUAUAAGUGGGUGCGCUGUCGGGUGUGGUUGUGUCGCCUGGUGGCUGUGCUGUCCUUGGGUCUCCUCCUGAUCGUGUUUCACUGGCGCCCGCGGCUCAGUGUCCUUGCCCGCUGCUGCUCCUGCCCUCUGGCUUUGGCAGAUAUUCUGCUAAUAAGAGACGCCUUUGGCCAGCAGCAUGUGGUGGAGGUCCUCACAGAGGAGAUGGAGGAUGGCAGUAUGGAGUUGUUGGGAGAGCUGGAGGUCACUGAGUGGAGAGAUACAGUUCAGCUGUACAAGGAGGAGAAAACUCUGCUGCGCUACUACCUGUUUGAAGGGCUGCGCUACGUCUGGAUGGACAGGAAGGGAGCUUUCUGUCGUGUUAGUGUCCUCAAUGAGGACUGGACCUGCAAGGACCUGUAUGGUUUCCAAAAGGGCCUGAGUCACAUGGAGCAGAGCUUGAGGAGACGAAUUUAUGGGCCCAACCUUAUCGACGUGCCUGUGAAGCCUUAUAUUAAACUGCUGUUUGAGGAGGUCCUCAACCCAUUCUAUGUGUUCCAGUUCUUCAGUAUCACCCUGUGGAUGAUUGAUAAUUAUUAUUUGUAUGCUCUGUGCAUUUUGUUUAUCUCCAUUUUCUCUAUCAGCAUCUCUCUGUAUGAGACACGCAAGCAAAGCAUCACUCUUCACAACAUGGCCCGGUUGGUCACAAAUGUUACGAUACGCAGAAACUCAGGAGCCGAGGAGUGUGUGAGCUCAGUGGAUCUGGUCCCCGGCGACUGUCUGAUCAUCCCCCAGGAAGGUCUGCUGCUGCCCUGUGAUGCUGCCCUGCUGGCUGGGGAGUGUCUGGUGAAUGAGAGCAUGCUCACAGGUGAAAGUGUCCCUGUGCUGAAAACCCCACUGCCGGCCGGUGAGGGCAAGUACAGCUCAGAGACUGAGCGUAGACACACUCUCUUCUGUGGUACCCAGCUCAUUCAGGCCAAAGGUGGAGGUCCGGGAGGUGGGGGUGCUGUCGCCGUGGUCACAAGCACUGGGUUCUUCACAGCCAAAGGAAACCUGGUCAGCUCCAUUUUGUAUCCUCAGCCAAUCAACUUCCGCUUCUACCAAGACGCUAUCAAGUUCCUGCUUGUCCUGGGUGUUGUUGCUUGUCUUGGCACCAUUUACAGCUUCGUGGUGCUCUACAGAUCCAAUGCAACGUGGGUGGAGUUAGUGAUCAGGAGUCUGGAUAUUGUGACCAUUGCAGUGCCUCCUGCCCUUCCUGCUGCCAUCACCACGGGCACCAUCUACGCCCAGCGCAGGCUCAAGAAGCAGGGCGUCUUCUGCAUCAGUCCCCCACGCAUCAACGUCUGCGGCAAGGUGUCACUCUUCUGCUUCGACAAGACAGGAACUCUGACGGAGGAGGGUCUGGACGUGUGGGGAGUGAUGGAGGGGGGACCUGCUGGGUUCUCAGAGCUGGUCCCAGAGCCCAGACUCUUGCCCCCGGGGCCCAUGCUCUCAGGCCUGGCUUGCUGUCACACUGUGACGCUGCUGCAAGGUCAGCCCCUCGGAGACCCUCUGGAGCUCAGGAUGGUUGAGUCCACUGGUUGGACCCAACAGGAGCCAGAGGGAGAUGGGAAGGUGCUGGAUGCAGCGUUUGGAGGCCACAAAGUUUUGGCCGUUAUGAGACCUCCAACUCAACAGCUAGAAGCUCAAGGAACUUCCACAAGCGAGGCGGUGGCCAUUGUUCAGAGGUUUCCCUUCUCCUCGGCCCUGCAGAGGAUGAGUGUGGUCACAGUGGCCCAGGGGGGUCACUCAGCUCUGGCUUUUAUCAAAGGAUCCCCUGAGAUGGUGGCUAGCCUCUGCCGAGCAGAAACGGUGCCGUCACAGUUCCCCAGCAAACUGCGCAGCUUCUCCAGUGAAGGCCUCAGGGUUCUUGCACUUGCCUAUAAACCCGUAGACAGGAACACUGACUUUAGGACCAUAGAACGACAGGAAGUGGAGAAAGACAUGCACUUCCUGGGUUUGCUAAUGAUGAAGAACUUGGUGAAGCCAGAGAGUCCCAGGGUUAUUAACAUCCUGAGAAUGGCACACCUUCGCAGCGUCAUGGUCACUGGUGACAACAUUUUAACAGCAGUGAAUGUAGCAAAAAGCUGUGGGAUGGUGGGAUCUGAUGAGAAGGUGAUAUUCGUCAAUGCCACCCCCCACACCGCCCAGUCCAUGCCCACCCUGAGGUUCAGCCUGGAAGAAGGAGGGACGACAGCUUCUGGCCAAAGCUCCGUAGAGGUCAUCACCUGGGGCCUGUACCAGGGUGGUUUUGGUUAUCACUUGGCGAUUAAUGGAAAGUCCUUCGCUGCCCUUUGUGACUACUUCCCCGAGUAUCUGCCAAAGGUUUUGAUGCGAGCCACAGUCUUUGCACGGAUGACUCCCGAUCAGAAAACCCAGCUGGUGAAGGAGCUGCAGAAACUGAACUACCGGGUGGGCAUGUGCGGGGACGGGGCCAAUGACUGUGGGGCCCUGAGAGCUGCUGAUGUCGGGGUCUCCCUGUCUGAAGCCGAGGCUUCUGUCGCUUCACCUUUCACGUCCAAAACUGAAGACAUCAGCUGUGUGCCGCUGCUUAUCAAAGAGGGCCGAUGUUCUCUGGUCACCUCCUUCAGUCUCUUCAGAUACAUGGCUCUGUACAGCCUCAUCCAGUUCUGCUCUGUCCUCAUCCUCUACACAGUGAAGACGGGCGUGGCGGACAUGCAGUUCCUGUUCAGUGACAUUGCUCUGGUGACGCUGCUGGCUGUGGUGAUGGGAAAAGGAGGCCCCAGUGACCACCUACAUCCCAGUCGACCCCCAGCCAGUCUGCUGGCCCUGCCUGUCCUCGGCAGCCUCUUCAUCCACGCCUGCAUGAUCGUCCUGGGCCAGCUGGCUGCGCUCUUAAUCACCACCUCACAGGACUGGUAUAUUCCACUCAAUUCAACAGUGUUUGGAACGGCCAAUCUGCCCAACAUGGAGGACACCAGUGUGUUUUCCUUGUCAGGUUUCCAGUACAUUAUCAUGGCUGUGGUGGUCACAAAGGGCUACCCUCACAAGAAACCUCUCUAUUACAAUGUGAUUUUCCUCUGUCUACUGGUCAUCCUCUUCUCCCUGAUGACUUGGCUGGUGUUGUAUCCCGGGCCUGCCGUUUGCAGGAUACUUCAACUUUACAACAUCUCUGAUAUGAGUUACAAAAUGCUGCUCGUCGCUGUGGCCGCUCUCAACUUCCUCGUUUGUUUUGUUGUGGAGCUGCUGAUAGACCUGGGCAUCCUGAACUGUCUUCGGUUGCUGCGUGGGAGACGUCUGUCUAAGAAACAGUACAAACGUCUCCACGUCCUUCUGUCUGAGUCUCCGUCAUGGCCGCCACUCAAUCAGACCCUGUCCCCCUCAGAUCACAGAGUCAUCUGCUUGUCCUAGCAUCUGCCCUCCCCUCUGUUGGACACUUGAAAGUGAACAGAGACAAAACACAACUUCACUAACAAAACCACAUUUACCUGUGUUAAUAAAAACUAUUUUUA